AUGGAAACCCUAGACGCUGGCAGCAGACAAGCUGUCGGCCUCCCCUCAAUCAACCACAUGGAUGCCGAGAGAGUCAAGCGCGAGGAGGUCGAGUACCAGAGAAAACACUCGGCCCCAGCCAUGCCCAGCCCGCUGCAUCCUUACACCGGGCCAUCGCAUGCACACAGCAAUCCCCAGUCCUCCAUUCCCAGCGCAGUGCCUGGCUCGCUUGGAGGCUUGCUGUCUCCUCCUGGAUCGCGCAGGAUGUCUGGCGAUGACAAGGACUCACAGCGAGCGCCCGCCCGCCAGUCCUUGCCAUCCAUCCACGAAGCUCUGGGAUCCGAGCAACCGCUCUCAUAUCCAGCUACAGUGCCCCCGCCCUCUUCGAUAACAUCGGCCCCCCAGCAUUACCAUUCAUCCUCUGCAGCUCCUUCACCGGCCGAGCAACGUCCGCGAAACUACCCACCAGAUCUCCAGCACCCCACCCAAGGGCCACAUGGCUCUCUAUCCCACCCAAGGAGUCCAUACAUUGCCUCCUCAGCGUCACAAACAGCACCUCCUCCACCGGCACCAGCUCCAACAGACUCCCUUCCUCGCCCGCCUUUCUCGGAUCCAAGGCCGCCAUAUCCAACCCCUCAACACAACCCGAAGCUACCUUCGCUUCAUCCCCUCAAAACCGCACCUGCCUCGCCUCCAAGCGCCCCACAUCCCAGCAUCCCUUAUUCUUCGUAUCCUCCGCCAGUCUCGAAACCUUACGAGAGCCCGGCCCCUCGGUCAGCACCGCCAAUGAGCCAGCAUCACCCGUACUCGCAAUAUCCCCCCAGCUAUGCCGUCUCAGCUUCGUCUACCAGCGCACCAAAUCCUACAUAUCCCCCAGCAACAUCCACCUACUCUGCCCCGCCUCGCUAUGCGCAUCAAGCAUGGCAAGAUAGCGCUGAAAUGGCUCGUCUGGAAGAAAAGAAGAUUGGUCGCUCGAGUCUGGCUCCGUACGGCGAGUCUGUCAAGCGUCAUUUGGAGAGCUUCGACAUCGAGGCCUCACUUAACGAGAUGGCUGACGGAUCAGGGCGCAUCGCAGAGUUCUCGAAAAUCUACCGACAACGGGCACACGACAACCAACGCAUUGGCAUGACACCACAGUCGAUGCCUAGGUUGGAAGAGGUUGACGAGAUGCUAAAGCAAAGCGAACGGAUUCAGAUGUCUCUUCAACGCAUGCGAGAUGUUGUUUUCAACCACCAUCAAGCAAGCCUUGUGGAAGCACCGCAAGAUCCCCGGUAUAGGCCCAUGAACGGCUACGACGACGGUGGAGGCGGUUAUGGCGAUGACAACAAGGGCAUGGGUGGCUUCACUGGUGGCGACAACAAGACCAGGAAACGAGGCCGUGCUGCUCCACCCGGGCGAUGCCACAGUUGCAAUCGUGCUGAGACACCCGAGUGGCGGAGAGGGCCGGAUGGUGCCCGAACCUUGUGCAAUGCUUGUGGCCUGCGGAUCCAUGCUACGCCACUCACCAUCCUCGCUAAUGUCACGUCAAGGGCCCUUGGAACGCCUCUCGACUGGCCAGAGGCCAAAAAGGCCGCUGAUCAAGUCAGGUCAUGGGGGAUCGAACAACUGCUUGUCGUAUGGCGCAAUGCCAAAGCAAAGGAGAGGGACGCACUUCUCUGGGGCGAUGAGAUUGAGUAUCUCGUGGUUUGCUACGACCAAGACAACCACAAGGUUCGAUUGUCACUCCGCCAGGCCGAUAUUCUGGCUGCUUUGGCCAGCGACGAGAAGCUCCUGCAACAAGGUGGCGGAGUGCCUGACCUGCAGACCGGGAAUGCCGACACAAAGGACAAUCCCGCUCCCGUGUUCCACCCCGAAUUCGGGCGCUUCAUGCUGGAAGCCACCCCAGGAAAGCCAUGGGGAAUUGGCUUCAAGGACCUGCUUGAUGUCGAGCCAAACAUGAAGUGGAGACGAGCGAUAGCCAAGGAUCACAUGGCCGAGACUGAGUUCCCAAUCACAUUGACAACAUUCCCUCGGCUUGGAUCGACCGAUUGUAUCGUACCAUCGUAUCCUGUUUCAGGCCCAAAGCUGCGAUCUCAGUUUGUCCCUGAUGAGAUUGCCAAUCCCCAUAUCCGCUUCCCAACUUUAGCAGCAAAUAUUCGUUGGCGGAGAGGUAGAAAAGUACAGGUCAACGUACCUGUAUUUCGAGACGAAAAGACUGCAUGGCCCUGGAAAGAUCCAACCGUAAACUAUGACUUGUACAACUGGCCCGAAGAUGAUGAUGUCCGCAAUGGUGCUGCCAAAGACAACUACAUCCACAUGGAUGCAAUGGCCUUUGGUAUGGGAAGUUGCUGUUUGCAAAUCACCUUCCAAGCAAAAAACAUUGAAGAGGGCAGGACCAUGUAUGAUCAGCUCAGCCCGAUAGCUCCGAUCUUGCUGGCACUGACAGCAGCCACUCCAAUCUACAAGGGCUUCCUCGCCGACACAGACGUGCGCUGGAAUCAGAUCAGUAGAGCAGUCGACGACCGUACCCCAGAAGAACUGGGAGAAAAGCCUCUUAAGAACGAUAGGUGGCGGCUCCCCAAGUCUCGCUAUGCAUCCAACUCAACCUACAUCGCUCAAGAUCCCCGCUUGCGGCCAGAAUACCUCGAUCCAAAUCUCAUCAUAGACCCCGACCUCAAGAAGCGUCUGGUAGAAGGGGGCAUGGAUGAUUUGCUAGCGACUCACUUUGCUCAUCUCUUCAUCCGGGACCCCAUUGUUGUUUUUGCAGAAGAUCUCGAAGAACUCGAUCUUACCAAAGCUGACCAUUUUGAGAAUCUGCAAUCAACAAACUGGCAGCACAUGCGCUUCAAGCCUCCGCCAGCUGGCUCAGACAUGGGAUGGCGCGUCGAGUUCCGGCCUAUGGAGAUCCAGAUUACAGACUUUGAAAACGCGGCCUUCUCCAUAUUCAUUGUCCUCCUUACUCGUGCGAUACUGUCGUUUAACCUCAACUUCUAUAUCCCCAUUACACUGGUAUCGGAAAACAUGGAGACAGCACACAUCCGUGACGCCGUGUCAACGCAGAAGUUCUGGUUCCGCAAAGAUCCUUUUCCGACACACAAAGCCAGUAAUGGCACAGGUACUUCAACACCUGCCGAGAAUCCAAGUCGGCCAGUAACACCCACUGGGCCAGUUGAAGAUGAGUAUGAGAAGAUGACUAUCAACGAAGUCAUCAAUGGGCAACAAACCUCGUCUGGCGAAGCUGGCUUCCCUGGUCUCAUUCCUCUUGUGGAAUCAUACCUCAACAGUAUGAAUGUCGACGUAGAAACUCGCUGUGACCUUGCCACAUAUCUCGACUUAAUCCGCAAACGCGCCAACGGAACGUAUUGGACAGCGGCUAAAUGGAUCAGACAUUUCGUCCAGUCGCACCCAUCGUAUAACAAGGAUAGCGUGGUGAAUGACGAAAUCACCUAUGAUCUUGUCAAAGCUGCUGAGCAGAUCACAAAGGAAGAAGGCAGGGACGGACUGGGAAAGGAGAUGUUGGGCAAAAGGCGUUGA